CUUCGCAUCACCGCCCAACGACCUGCCUCCUCCUCGUCAUCGCUGAUACCUCCGUGCCGCCUGCGGUCCACUCGACUGUAACCUCCUUAAACCCGGCAUCUUGACAAUACAGCAACAUGGUGUACUUUCAAGAUUGCUGUCCCGUGAAAAAUAUGGAUUAACAAGCGACAGAUAAAAGAAGUGAAGCGCCACCUGUGCCGCGGUGGGGAGGGGGGGGAAAUGCAGGACGAAAGCGGCAAAGCGGCAAUCGGAAGCCCCGCAAACACCGCGCAGUUAUGGUUUCAUUUUUCCAGAAUUCAGGACAUUUGAAAGGACACGCUGCAACUCAAAAUGGACACAACCCCACAGCUCCGGCGGUACCGUACCAACAGUUUGAUUCCAGACCGACGAGUCCUACACCCACAGCGACCCAGAUUAUCCCGAGAGAGCAGUGGGGAGGGAAGUAUGAGUUCCUGCUCUCCUGUAUGGGAUACUGCGUAGGACUGGGGAACGUAUGGAGGUUCCCGUACCUUUGUUACCGCAAUGGAGGAGGUGUUUUUCUCAUCCCUUACUUCAUAAUGCUCUUCUUCACGGGUGUCCCACUCUUCCUCAUGGAGCUGAGUUUAGGCCAGUAUGGAGCAGCUGGCCCCAUCACAGUGUGGAAAUGCUGUCCUCUGCUCAAAGGUAUUGGCAUCGGGAUGCUCUGCGUGUCAAUACUGGUGUGUCUCUACUAUAACGUUAUUAUAGCCUGGACAUUUUACUACCUGGGCAGCUCGUUCCAGAGCCCUCUUCCUUGGUCAUGUGAUGCUAUUGCCAACGCAGCACUCUGUGGAAAUGGCACGGCAGGCAAUAGCUCCAGCGGUAGAGUCCUCAGCCCCUCAGAGGUCUUCUGGAAUGAGAGUGUGUUGGGUGUAGUAAACAGUGAGGGCCUCCAUGACCCGGGCCCUGUCCGGUGGCCCCUGGCUCUGUGCCUGCUGGCCGCCUGGAUCGUCAUCUUCCUUUGUAUGCUCAAGGGCAUCCGCAGCUCUGGCAAGGUGGUUUACGUAACAGCUACUUUCCCCUACUUGGUGCUCAUUGUUUUGAUCAUUAGAGGUGCCACACUGGAGGGAUCUCUGCAGGGCAUUGCUUUCUAUCUCACACCAGACUGGAGCCGAUUAGCCAAUGCACAGGUUUGGAAUGAUGCUGCGUCACAGAUCUUCUACUCCUUAGGUAUAGGAGUUGGUGGUCUGCUCUCAAUGGCCUCUUACAAUAAGUUUGACAACAACGUCAUCAGGGACACUUUGAUCAUCACCACAGGAAACUGCUGCACCAGCUUCUUUGCAGGAUUUGCUAUUUUCUCCAUCCUGGGACACAUGGCAUGGAGGAAAGGGGUGCCUGUGGGAGAGGUGGCAGAUACAGGUCCUGGGCUAGCCUUUGUUGCUUACCCAGAAGCCCUUGCUCUGCUGCCAGGCUCGGUGUUCUGGUCCAUUAUGUUCUUCCUCAUGCUCUUUAUGCUGGGGAUCGAUACACUGUUUGGUAACAUGGAGGGCAUCACAACGGCUGUGCUGGACGAGUUCCCACAUCUCAGAGAGAACGCGCUGCACAAGUCCAUGUUCCUGGGUGCUCUGUGUUUUUGCUUCUACCUGAUGGGUCUCCUGUUAGUGACUGAUGGUGGGAUUUACUGGUUCACUCUCAUUGACGCCUUCAGCACUAGUUUCGGCCUCAUCAUCAUCACCCUCUUCAUGUGCAUUGGCAUCUCCUUCUUCUAUGGAGUGAACCAGUUCUGUCAGGACAUCAUUGAUAUGAUCUGCCACUGCCCUCCUUGGUGCAGCAUAUUGCUGCUUUACUUCAAAGCAUGCUGGGUUGUCAUCACUCCAUUUCUGCUGCUGUUCAUCCUGACCUACAUCUUCAUUGAGAUGUACAACACAUCGCUCCUGUACGGGUCCUAUGUGUAUCCACGGUGGGGUAAAGCACUGGGCGUGUGUAUAGGAGCGACCUGCUGUCUGCAAAUCCUCAUCUGGGCCAUUGUGGCCAUCAGCAAAGAAACUGGAACUCUGAAAGAUCGUUUCCAUAAAUCAAUCCGGCCUCUGAAUUCAUGGCGGGUGAACAACUUGAGGAGCACGGCAAGAGUGGAGGAGCCAGAGAGGGUGGAGGCUCCAUUCACUGUCACGCUCACAGACAUGGACUACACUGCGAUGAGUUGGGAGAUGAGAAGCGAGGCGUGACAGAGAGCAUGGGGCGAACUAACAGUGAUGAGCAAACUACGUGAAGAAACAGAUUGACCUGCUAAACGUUCCUCUGACGCUCUGACCACCAACACUGUGUCUGGUGUCUCCUUUGUCAUAUCUGUCAUUUUCAUUUCACUAUGUUUACGCAGCCUAGAAAAAAAAUACCAUAUUGUCAAUAAUGAGGUUUUAGGCUCCAGCGAGGCUCUGGUGGCCGUGUCUAAAGAGACUGUGUCCUGCUGGGCAGUGUGGAUUUUCUUUGCUUUAUUUAUAUAUUGUGGAUUUUUAAUUUGUAUUUUUUUUUUUUUUACAUUCUGUAGAAUAUGCAGUUAAAUUUCCUAUAGUAGGACUCUUAACAGGACAUUGGGAUGAUGAUCUUGCCACAUAUCUGCUUAUCUUAUUUAUUAUUUUAUCCAUGUAUAAUUAACUUUUAAUGGUUGAAAAGUGCAAUGACUCUUCAUGAUGGCAUUCAACAACCUCGGAUUAAGCCGGAAAUUGACAGACGGACCAAAUUGUGGUGAUGACACAGUCAGGAUUUAUUUGAAUCCAUCUUGAAAAUGUAUUGCUUAAAAUAUUUCAAUAGUAAAUAGAUUAAAAGACACUUGCAAAAAUAAGUAGUUUCUGUGUCUCUAUCAUGUUUACCACUCAGACGUUUCAUCUUAGUGAAUUCAAGUUUUCAUUUAAAAUGCAUACAGUAGCUAUUGUCUUUUUUAAGAUCUGCAUUUUACAGUGUAUAAUGUAUUUAAGAUGGGCUUUUAAAGGUAACUUCAAAUUAUUUACCAUCUUUUGUUGCCUUCACCACAAAGGUUGGUUUUUACACACAGGUUGGUUUUUACUUUUUCAUGUUAUUGGAUCUUGGCUUUGAUUGUCCUUCAGUGGAUAAUAUAUUCUUCUCUUUUGUCAAUAAGCACAAAACACUCCUUAAGUAACUGAAUAUCAUUGGUUGAAUUCUUCUAUUUAGAGGUGCUCAUUGGUCAAAGGAACAUGAUUAUUUUCAUGGUAUUAAUCUUGACCCUGAUGAGUUUUGCUGGAGCAAUUUGACCUCUUCUAAGCCUUUCACUCUUCAUGCACCUUGUCAGUUGAAGUUUGUGCCAGAAAAUCCUCUUGAGCUCCUGCCUAAACAUGAAGACAAAGGCUGUUUGAAUGUUAUUUAUUGGCAAUUCAUCAUCACAGUUAUUUCAAAAUAUUAUCGUACAAUGACAUCACUGUAUUUUACUCGACUUUGUGUUACAAAGGCCACUUAGUCAUUGAUUUUUCUUUCAAAGCAUCUUGCUUUGCUGAAAAGUAUUUUAUUGUCCUUUGUUUUAGGAUUGUUUGCCUUGUCAGGAAAGCCCUACGUUUUCAUCUUUUCGUUUUUGCCUUUGUACACCUUGAUGCCCUGUCUUGUCCAUGUGUUAUCUGUGUACAUAAUACAUUAAACAUGUUUUUCUCUCUGUAA